CUCGUGUGAUGUUGAAGGUAAGCCUGUUUGUAGCUAAUAUAUUAGAUUAUUGUUUAAGAACAUCUCAACCAUGUGAAAGAUAUGAGCCUUGUAGUAGUGUCAAGACAAAUAAGGCUAACAGUGAACUCUUGAAUUAACAGAAGUUACAGCUUCCUCAUGACUGCAUUAACUCAUAGCUCAGUUUUCAAAGGUUUAUAAGUACUGUAGAAAGCUAAACAUUUGUAAAUUACUUGCUUGGGUGGCAUUUGCCUAUUUUUGACCUACCCAGCUUCACUCACCUCAUACUAAGAUGUAUAAGAGGUUUUUAUGGUGGCAAUUUGAUCCUACCACAGAACGGUCAAUAUGUUUUAAAGGUUUCUGCUGCACUGUCUUUCCUUAGUGGAACUGUAAGGAAUACUGAGCACAGGGAAGUCAUUUUGUCUUUUUUUCAGUAAGGAUGUUUUAAGUUGGGCACCCCAAACCAGUCCAAAAUCUGCCCCCAAAGCCCUGUUCAGAAUUAUCACGAGUGGCAGGCAGAACUCGCUGGCACGCAGGUGGUAGGGGGCUGGGUUCUCCUCAGCAGUCUCCUUGGGGCUUGCUCUGGUGCUUGGUGUAGAGGGACACUAUCUGCAACACCAGUUCUUAAAAUCCUUUAGUAAAAUGUAUCACUACUAUUAAAGAGCAUAAUGUAUUAAGGUGUAUUUAGAGUGAGAAGCAGGCAGGCAUCCAGACAGUAUUCAUUUCUGAGAUGAAAAUUUGGGCAAUUAGAUAAAUUUUAAGCAAUUGCCUGCUGUGGACAGUAUUAUCUGUGCAUGAGAUUCUUACGUGAAGCCAAAACUCAAAGAUAUAACACUGUGAUCUCUACAGAUGAAUAAAAAGCAGGCACAGAGCCUGCUUAUCCAGUUGGUCUUGAUAAGUCUGCAUGUGCAGCUCUGAAGGGGUCGGUUUGGUCUUGUCUUCAAGUGCUGACUAAGCCUUUUCUAUGUCCACAUCUGUAUAUGAUUAACCAUCUCUAUUUCUAACUUGGCAGGUUUUGUGCAUCGCAUAUUGAUUUUGAUUAACUGCAACAUAUUGGGUUAACCAUUUUCAUAUUUUCAAUUUAGUAUGCUGAUUGCAUCACAGUUGGAACCAACAUAUGCAAGGACUGUGUUUCCAUGCUUUGAUGAGCCUGACAUGAAGGCAACAUUUAACAUUAGAAUUGUCCAUGAUCCCAGCUAUGUAGCUCUUUCCAACAUGCCUGCUAUAGGUGUAUCUGAAAUGAAAGAUGAGAAUGGAAGCAUAUGGACUGUCACUACAUUUGAUACUACCCCAAAAAUGUCAACUUACAUAACUGCUUUUGUAGUUUGCGACUUUGAUCAUAUGACGGUAACAGAGAGGGGCAAAGAGAUACGUAUUUGGGCUCGGAAAGAAGCAGUUGAAAAGGGGUGUGUUGACUAUGCUUUAAAUAUCACAGGACCAAUCUUUUCAUUUCUGGAAGAUUUAUUUAAUAUCAGCUACCCUCUUCCAAAAACAGAUCUGGUUGCACUUCCUGAUAUUGGAGCAGGUGCUAUGGAAAACUGGGGGCUAAUGACUUUCCAAGAAUCAUCACUGAUCUACUGCCCAGCGGAAAAUUUAAUAAACAGAAAGGCUUUUGUUUCCUUAAUUGUUUCACAUGAAAUAGGACACCAGUGGUUUGGAAAUCUGGUCACCAUGAGUUGGUGGAAUGAUCUAUGGCUUAAUGAAGGAUUUGCAUCUUAUUUUGAAUACAUAGGAGCUAAAUACGUUGAACCCAAACCACCAUUGGAUCAUAUGUUUUAUGAGAGUGUCUUGCAACCUGUCUUAAGAGCCGAAGAUGCAAUGAGUGAUCGAUCAUUGUCACAGAAAGAAGAAAAGGUCAAAGGAACGUUUAUAUUAGAUUCUCUAUUUGACAUCGUCACUUACAGUAAGGGGGCUUCCGUUAUCUGGAUGCUUUCUAGCUUUCUGACUGAGAGGCUUUUUCUCAAAGCACUUAAUUCUUACCUGAAGGCAUUUUCCUUUUCAAGUGCUAACCAAGACGAUCUGUGGACCCAUAUUCAAAUGAUUAUAGAUGCACAGGAUGAAGUUCAGUUGCCUGCAUCAGUAAAAAAUAUAAUGGACCCAUGGACAUGCCAAGGUGGCUUCCCAGUUUUAACAUUUGAUCCAUCAACUGGCACCAUCAGUCAGGAACAAUUUCAUAAUAUAAGGAAAAAGGAGAAUACUACUAGUUACAAUAACACAUGGAUUGUUCCUAUUUCUUGGGUAAGAAAUGGAUCUUCACAACCAAUAGUGUGGCUAGAUGAAACUAGCAAAAUAUUUCCUGAAAUGCAGAUAUCAGGUUCAGAACAUGAUUGGAUCCUACUAAAUAUGAAUUUAUCUGGAUACUAUAGAGUUAAUUAUAACUCAUCAUAUUUGAAGAGGAUAGGAAAACUGCUUGAAAACAAUCCAGAGGUUUUUCCUCUUGUCAACAGGUUACAACUGAUAGACGAUGCUUUUUCUUUGACAGAGUCUGGCUAUCUUGAGAUUGAGUCUGCACUUGACCUGACAAAGUACCUUGCCAAAGAAAAUGAUAUCUUUGUGUGGUAUAUAGUACUGUCAAAUCUAAUGCCUAAUGAUCUGGAGUGUACUCUGAAAGACUAUGAAAUAUAUCCACUUUUAAAGAAAUACCUGAUAAAGAAAAUGUUGCCAGUAUACCAUUAUUAUGCAGGUAUUAUUCGUCAAAAUGCUGAUGUUUUGGCAGAUGACUACUUUGCUGAAGCUUACUUGGAACAACUUCUUAGAAAAGCAUGUUGGUUGGGUCUGCAAGACUGUUUAGAUCUAUGUUCAGAACUCUAUGCCAAGUGGAUGGAGAACCCCAAGAAUCAGAUUCCUGCUUUUGUUAGAAGAACAAUCUUUUGUUAUGGUAUUGCAAUGGGAAGUGAUAAAGAAUGGGACUUUGCAUGGGAAAUGUACCAUCAUGAUAAUUCCACAACAUAUGAUAAGGACAUACUGCUCUAUGCCAUGGGUUGUACCAGAGAAUCAUGGUUACUUCACAGAUACAUGCAGUCUGGUGUCAACGGAUCAUUAUUUUCUUCUAAUAAUACGAUAUUUCUCAUUUACAACUUGGCAGCUACUGAUACUGGGCUACGUAUAAUAUGGAAAUUCGUGACAGAAAAUUGGCCACUUUUACAAGAAAGGUUUGGAAAUGCACCAUUAUAUGCUGUUUUAAAUGGUAUGAAAAGACUGGUCAAUACAGACUUACAGAUCCAAGAGUUGCAGCUCUUUUAUAAUGCUACACUGGAAGAGAAUGAAAGUAUUUCUACUACUACAAGAUUACAGUCUGCAAAAUUAGAAAAUAAAGAGAGAGCAAAACUCAUUGCCCGAGUGACUGAGUGGUUACAGAAAAAUAUAGAUGAUUGACUUCUGAAAAACUGUUUCAAAUAUAUAUUUUUAGAGUGUGACUUACUCACACUUUAAUAUUCACUUUAUGGUUUAAUUAGAGGAUGCACACAUUUUGUUGUGUGAAGGAAUGUCACCUUGUAUUCCAAACCAAAGAAGUCUGGGGUUUGCCAUUCCAGCUGCAAAACAGUGCUAACCUGAUUCAUCAAGGAGGAACGACAUUCUACAAGAUGAUGACAAGAAACAUAGCUGCAUAUAGAUUUAUCUUGUUUACCAGCUGGGUGAUGCUUGAGAGACUUGGUUAUAAACAAAGUCAGGAAUAUUCUGCAACAAUGUUUUUAAUAUGACAACACUUCAGAGGCAGUGCUUUCAACAUAGAGCUGCAAGCUGGGGAUUCAUCUCUUCUCUGUCACCAAUUUGUUUUGUGAUCUUAGGCAAAUCACUUAAUUUCUCUGAGUCUCAGUUUCAGUACGUCUGAAAUGGAGAUUGUUUCGGGAAGUGUUAUUGAACUUUAACUCAUGAAUGUGUUCUGAUUCCCAGAGGUAAGGACAAAAAAACCAAAACUUUUAUUAUAAUAAAAAAAUUAUUAUAAUAAAUGUUUUGCAUCUAUGUCAUUUACCCUUCUUUUGAGGGUAAUAACUAACAGCCAGAUAGAACUCAGGCUGUUACUACUAAAAUCAGUGUAUUAAAUUUACAGUUGGUGGAAAUAUGGACUCCUCAGACAGUUUAGUCAUUUGUAUGCUAAACAAAUUAUGAAAAAAUGAAAUUGCAUUGUCCAGGGAACAGAGCUUUAUUAUGUGAGAACUCAAGGAAACCCAAGAAGAACUAGAAGGCAAUGCUAUAAGUGGACAAAGAAGAAAACAAAACAAACCCAAAGCAGCACACAGGUUUUCAAACUUACACUUGCCAAUGUGGAAAUUUCUUUGUCAUGCUCCUAAUAAAAUUUAUAGCCAUUUUCUAAA